UUAUUUUUAACCACGUGAUCAUGACCGGCGGUAACUAGGCGAUUAUGUACACUAAGUAGCUGUCUAUUGUCCGCUUAUACUUUUAAAACGGAUAUAUCGAUUUUAAUACUAUGUAUUUAAUCAUUGAAAUGCUAAGCUGAGUGCAUUAAACUAUGUCAGUUUUGAAAUGGAUAUAAUUAGUUUCAAAUAACAAAAACAAAAGCGACUUUUAAUUAAAAUCCGGUGUAUUCUUACCGGUGUUGGAUUUUACACGAUGGCGACCGCCACAGGACUCCAGCGGUCCGUGUCCGCCGCGACACCACCGUCUCCCGGCCGUCUUCCUAAUCUGCCUGUGAUUGAGCACCCGAUGUCGCGCCUCGGAGACCGAGCGGACCUUGCUGUCCGAGGAUCCUCUACCCUCGGCCGCCAUGCCGCUGGUUCUCUGACCAGGAGCCAGACGGAUGUCGGUUUCAAGCAGUCGCGCCCGGAAGUAAACGACGUGCGGAAGAGCACACCGGAAAGGAUUCUGAAUUGGCCGCCAGAGAAGGAAUCAUACCGCACAAACUCUCAUAUAGCUGUAGAUAUUACUCCGCCCUAUCACUACAAAGAAGAGCCGUAUAAGGGACUACUUCCUGAUAUACCCGACACUCCACGUGACUACAAUUAUCGACAUGUUCCGGGAAAGGUCGAUAAAUACCCGAAAAUUGGACAAGUGCCAAAGCUACCUCCCCUGCCAAGCAUUGAAGAGCAAGAAGAGCACCUGAAGGGGCCGGGCAAGCCGCAUGUGAAGAGCAAGGAGUACAACUACCAGCCACGCAACACACAAGAGUUGAUCGAGGUGAUCCGGGAGAAGUUCGGCACGGGCUACUAUGGUAUCCGGCACUUGUUCCGCUCUAACGAUCCUACUGGAAAGGGAGCCGUCUCAAGGGAGGCGCUACAGAAGAUCCUGUACACGCUGUGUGGCUAUAUCACCCCGGACCAGUAUACCAAACUGCUCAGAGCCAUGCAUCUUGAGGGUAAGACUCCGAUCAACUUUGACACGUUUGUGCAGUUCUUCAAGGAGACCGAGGACAAGAAGAACUGGGUUAGUGCCUUGCAGACGGCACCCCUGCACCAGGCGGAUCCAAGCUACCCGGAAGUGUAUCUCCGGCGGACGGACAUGCGCGUACACGAUCCCUACACAUCCAUGCCUUUCUCGGAUGCCAUAUUUAAAGAGAAGUGCAAGUCCAAGAAUUUUGACGCGCGGCGCGUGUUUCCGGCGGCGGUGUUCGAGGCAGGGGGUCUGAUUUUGCCGCCUCAGUUGCGGGAGGCACACGCCACGCUCGGCAUUUACAUGACGGACGAAGAUUUCAGCAAACUUUGGCAGAGGUACGAUAAGGAAGGGACGGGCGCCCUGCACCGAGACGACUUCUUCCGCGCGUGCGGACUGAAUGCUCAGGGCCGACCACGCCAGGCACCGCCCUACACACCCCGGGGAGCGGCAUAUCCGCGGCCCCGCCCCCACUCCGAGAUAGGCAACACCGCGUGCAGCUCGGGUAAUUCCGCGAUGGGACUGCGGAAAAACGUCAAGACGAACGGAGAUUUGACGGACCGAACGGCCGUUAAUCUUGCAGACACAACCGGUUCUCGGGAGAACAGACAACAUAUAGACAUCCCGACCGGCGCGCAAGAGGCGGUAGCCCCCGCGGGCCGAGACUUGACAGAAAAGGACAAAGGUGUCGGGAAGCCAGAUGCAGUGGCAAACACGGAAAAAAAGAUUGAUAUAAAGAAACUGCCAAAACAAAUUCCAAAGCUAGAGAACAUAAUUGAUUGUCUGCAUUAUAAGUUUGAAGAGGGCUACCAGUCGCUGUUGACGGCCUUCCAGCUGUUCGACUUCCUUAAUGACGGCUGGGUCUCAAGGAUCGACUUCCGCCGAGUACUUGCGGAGUUCGCCCUCCCAAUCUCACCCACCGAGCUCGACCACUUCCUUAAGAGGAGUGGGCUACGGCCAGUCAAAGGGCAAGUGAACUACCGUGAGUUCCUGGGCCGCUACCAGGCAAAGUCAAUGCAGGCACUCACUGCCAGGGCCGCAACAGACUCGCAGACGGUACACGCGGACGGCGGGUCGGGGGCAGACGGGAUGUCGGCGGAAUUGCUAGAGGCACGCCUGGUAGACUUCCUUCACGGCGAUUUAAUAAAGCUCAUUGCGCACUUCCGGCGGUGUGACCGGUAUAACCUACACGUGGUUACGGCACACGAGUUCCGGGCGGCCAUAGAGGCACGACUGGGGUACGCCAUGACAGAGCAACAAUGGGAAACCAUACGACAAGAAGCUGGCACAGACAGGGACGGACUCCUGCAGUACACUAAGUUCAUUGACCUGUUCGACGUGACGCCAGGGUCGUGGAACCUGCGGGCAGAGGGCGGUAUCCAGGUGGCACAGGUUCCCGCAGUCGAUCUUCCCGUGCCGCCACAGGUAGACCGCCUGCGGGAGCGCGCCAAGACAGAGAUGGUGCCUCCUCCACAACAGCCACCAGCCGACAAUAAGGACAGCGUCCGCUCGUUGGAUGAGCUGACGGCUCGACUAGAUGAGUUGUUCAAAAACAGAUUUCACACGUUUGACAAGCAUUUCAAGGCGAUGGACCGGCGGAUGACGGGCCGGAUGAGCAAGUGGCAGUUCGGGGCCCUCCUCAAAAUGUGCGGACUGUCGCUGCUGCCGGCGGAACUGGACCGGGCUUGGGCGACCCUGAACAUCUCCACGGACGGCAUGUAUAGCUAUAGCACUCUAAUACAGCACUUCGUUAACUACAAGAUACCACACGAACAAAAGGAGGCCGUAAUUUAUGAAAACAUGUUCAAUAUUGAUGAGGCCGAUGAGAUCUGGUACGAGCCGGAAGAUGAUACGAAGGAGCUGGUUGAGGUUGCACGGCGGAUCCAGAGGGAACGGCGCGAGGAGCAGAUGAAGCGUGACCACCUGGCGCGCACCCAGGCACGCAGCAAAAACGAGGACUGGGUGCCGGAAGUCACCACGUUCGAUGAAAGGACACCACGCGCAGUAACCGCCUCCACGUCCGUCUCCUCAGUACCGACUGUUCCCGCGUCUAGAGCCUCUUUUGCAAGCGUCCAGAGUGUCAGGACGAAAUCACUUCUAGUCAAAAUACGCACCGAUGUAAUCAACAACUGGGAGGGUCUGAAGUCUGUGUUCAAGUACAUUGACAGAAACGGCACCUGCUACAUUCCCUCGGCGGAGAUGAAGGAGAUUAUGACGAGCCUGCAGUUCUCCAUGGACGAGGAGGAGAAGGCGGAGCUCUGCCGCAGGUUCGACACAGACAGGAACGGACGGUUCAACUAUAUGCGGUUUAUGAAGUGCUAUGCCCAGAGGACAGCUUCCAAAGGGAACCAAGGCCCGGCCUACAGCAAGUUCACCCACCAGCUACAAACACAGCUGGAUGUGCGUGGCCGCGUAAAGAACCCAACCGUCCAUGAAGUCAUACAAGUCUUUAGAGAUAAGCUUUGUGCGGCCGAGGGCAGCGUGAGGCGGGCCUUCCGGCGUCUUGACCGUGGCCGCAAGGGACACCUUACCGUCAAUGACUUUCGGCGCGCCCUGUCAGAUACCGGAAUCACCAUGGGCAACGAGGACUUCUACCACGUGCUAACGGAGUUUGACCGGAAUAUGGACGGCAAGAUCGCUUACGACCACUUCCUUGAUACGCUGCUAGCUGUGUAGGCUAAUGUGAAAUCGCUUUAUUAUAUAAGCUGACUUUCUCAGAGUUAUUUAAUUUCUACAUGUUAUGUUUAUGUUAUUGUUUAUAAUAAAGUUACAGUUUUCUGUCCUUGUUUUCCAUACAAUGAUACCAUAUUACAUAAUACAUUACAGCUAAACGAUUCCUUGAAGUUUUUUUUACAGUUUAAACAUUAACUUUGAUAUUCAAAUCAGCGAUGAUCUAAAUAAACCAGACAAUAAUCCUAAAAACACACAUCUAAAACACAAAUAGCCAUUUUGAAAGACAUUAUCCCUAUAAAAAGGACAAGUGUCAGCGAAUAUUAUACGCAAUAUGAGACAGGGAUACCAAAUACUCAUUCAAUCAUUUAUAGAAAUUAUUUGAUAUUUGUUUAAUGCAGAUAUCUCAAUCAACAGACCUUCAACACUCGCAUUUACAAUCAUUAUUUGUCCUAUAUUCCAUAGUUUAGUUCUAAAUGUAGUCGUGUACUCAAAAUAAGUUUUUUUAUACGGAUAUAAUUCUUUGACUUUAUUUAUUGCAAAACUUUUUUAUGCUCCCGUUUAUGAAAGAUAUUCAAUUUGGCAUAAAUUAGAGAUCGUCGGAUACGCCCAAUACACACUACGCUAUGCUUCGUUGAGUACCGUGGGCAAUUAGGCUAGGAAAUCUCGUUAUCAUGAAUAAUUAAUGGGGCAGUUUCAUUGGUUCCGCAAAGUACCAGAUGCCGGAGUUGAACCGGGUUCUUCUUCUCAGUACAAUACUAUUUGACAGAAGACAAGACCACACGGCCACGGAGGCUACUCACACUGAAAAGUUAUUGAACAAUAUUUGAGUGUAACAUGCGAUUUCAUUGGAAGAAGAGUUGUCUCUCAUGCCUCAUGCAUAUUCAUUAAGACGAGAUUUUGUCAGUCAAUUGUCCCACGGUAGGUAUAAAGUGUAACGGAAGAUAGUACCGUGGUUGCCGACGAUGUAAAUUAGAUUGAUCAAACAUAUAUUGGUUUAAUGCAAAUGUAACUUUGGAGCACCAGCAUCCUUGAAUGGAUAGAUGUGUGCUUGAUUGCAUGACUGUUUGUUGUAUGCGUAGAAAUACAUCUAACAUGUGUGUACAUAUUGUAUCUUAGAGAUUACGCAUUUAAAUUGUUUAUUAGUUUUGUUACAUUGUUAUGAUCAUUUAGGUAACUUGACGAUUCAUUGUUAUUUCACCAUUUGUUACAUUGUUAUAGUGGACCACCCGUUAUGUUGUACUUUAAGGUACUGUUUAUUUAUUAUAUGUUUCCUUAAUACCAUUAACAAAUUUUAUCUUUGUUUUGGAACUUUACAUUCCUGUUCUCUGUGAUACGAUUGUUGAAGAAGGUAAAUAAAGAUACUUAAAUUGUAUUUCAUUGAACCUUUGUCAUGUUCAUUUCCAAGUGCAAAAAUAAAUGUCAUUUCAGCCGCCAUGUUGUUGAUAUGUGGUAGGAAUAAAGUGAAUGUUAAGCUU